GAUAUAGCCGGCGGUUGCUGUGGUAACAAGGCCGGUUUGCUUGACUGGGCCUGGGCAGAGUCAACAUGGGGAACUCCCGGGAGCAGAGAUUUCAGACUUGAGUAUGGAGAUGUAUGAGAUCCUCGGAAAAGUGGGAGAGGGAAGUUAUGGCACGGUAAUGAAAUGUAAACACAAGGAAACAGGACAUAUAGUUGCCAUUAAGAUAUUUUAUGAGAAGCCAGAAAAAUCUGUCAACAAAAUUGCAAUGAGAGAAAUAAAGUUCCUAAAGCAAUUUCGUCAUGAAAACUUGGUCAAUCUGAUUGAAGUCUUUAGACAGAAAAAGAAAAUUCAUUUAGUGUUUGAAUUUAUUGACCAUACAAUUUUAGAUGAGCUACAGCAUUACUCUCAUGGACUGGAUAGCAGAAGACUUAAGAGGUAUCUCUACCAGAUUCUUCGAGCAAUUGACUAUCUCCACAGCAAUAAUGUCAUUCACCGUGAUAUCAAACCUGAGAAUAUUUUGGUUUCACAGACUGGAAUUACUAAACUUUGUGAUUUUGGAUUUGCUCGGACCUUAGCAGCCCCUGGUGAUAUUUAUACUGAUUAUGUGGCCACACGGUGGUACAGAGCUCCAGAACUGGUAUUAAAAGACACUACAUAUGGGAAACCUGUGGACAUCUGGGCUUUAGGUUGUAUGAUCAUCGAGAUGGCUACUGGCAAUCCCUACCUACCCAGCAGCUCUGACCUCGACCUACUUCAUAAGAUCGUGACCAAAGUAGGCAACUUGACACCUCAUCUUCAGAGUAUUUUUAUAAGGAGUCCAAUUUUUUCAGGGAUGGUCCUUCCUGAAGUUCAGCACCCUAAAAGUGCAAGAAAAAAGUAUCCCAAGCUCAAUGCACUACUUGCAGAUAUGGUUCAUUCUUGUUUACAAAUGGAUCCUGCAGAUAGGAUAUCAUCUGCUGAUUUGCUACAGCAUGAAUAUUUCACCAGAGAUGGAUUUGUUGAAAAAUUCUUGCCAGAGCUGAAAAGCAAAUUACUACAAGAAGCAAAGCAGAGUUUUCUUUCAAAAUUCAGAGACAAUAAUAAAGAGGCUGAGCAAAUCAAGGAUGAAAAGCGAUCAAUUCAUAUUAAUGUGCCUCAGAGUGGCCCAGUUCUUGUGAAGGAAAUGGAAAAGGACAAAAAAACAAAGGAGAUAAAGGUCAAAGGUAUCAAAAUGAAAGGGGGGAAAGCUGAAACCUCAGAAUUUAAAAGGAAUGAACAAGAAGAUGCAACUUCCCAGUGGGCCACUCUCUCUCAGAACUCUCUCAACCUUCCUCAUGAGAACAAACCCACAGGCAGUGAUGGCACUGCUGCCACAGCCACCGGACCCGACGUAGGUGGGACCAAGGAGGAUUCUUCACAAACACCCUCCAUGACAAUGCCACGCAUCCACCAAAAUUGUGGAAAUCUUACUGCAAAUUUCAGUUCACACUUCCUGUGUCCUAACUCAAGACUACCUGAAAAAGGAAAGAAAAGGCGAAGUCCUUGGCCAUCAGUGGGACAGCUAGGUCCAAAUAACCGUCAAGAAGAAGGGACUAUGACUCAAAACCAAAUAGAGAAGGUCUCCCUGUAUGAAAGAGCUGCUCAGAUUGAUCAAAUGGUCAACAUAAACAGAAAGAAACGCAAUAUUUCAAGAUGUGAGAAGAGAGACAUUCAUUUCCCAGAACUAACUACAACAGGGCAACAGAAAGAACUGAAAGGAAUGGAAAUUAAGCAGGUAAGAGUGCUGAAGAGGGAGUCAAAGAAAUCGGAAGUUUCUAAAAUACCAUCUCUAAUAAAUGUGGAUCAGAAUCGUGAAAAACAAGAGGCUAAAGAAAUCUUGACAAAAGAAUCCAAUGUGCAAGAAGUACGAUGUCCAGUAACAGUUUGUGGAGAUGUCCAUGGACAAUUUCAUGAUCUCAUGGAACUUUUUAGAAUUGGCGGCAAAUCACCAGACACAAAUUACUUGUUUAUGGGAGAUUAUGUUGACAGAGGUUAUUACUCUGUUGAAACAGUAACACUUCUGGUAGCUCUUAAGGUUCGUUAUCGUGAACGCAUCACUAUCCUCCGAGGGAACCAUGAAAGCAGGCAGAUCACACAAGUAUAUGGCUUCUAUGAUGAAUGUUUAAGGAAAUAUGGAAAUGCAAAUGUCUGGAAAUACUUCACAGACCUUUUUGACUAUCUUCCUCUAACUGCCUUGGUGGAUGGACAGAUUUUCUGUCUACAUGGAGGCCUCUCUCCAUCUAUAGAUACACUGGAUCAUAUCAGAGCACUUGAUCGUCUUCAAGAAGUUCCACAUGAGGGUCCAAUGUGUGAUUUGCUGUGGUCAGACCCUGAUGAUCGUGGUGGUUGGGGCAUUUCUCCUCGAGGAGCUGGUUACACUUUUGGGCAAGAUAUUUCAGAAACUUUCAACCAUGCUAAUGGACUUACACUGGUUUCAAGAGCUCAUCAACUGGUAAUGGAGGGAUACAAUUGGUGCCAUGAUCGGAAUGUAGUAACAAUUUUCAGUGCUCCAAAUUAUUGUUACCGUUGUGGUAACCAAGCUGCAAUCAUGGAACUUGAUGAUACUUUAAAAUAUUCAUUUUUGCAGUUUGAUCCAGCACCACGCAGAGGUGAACCACAUGUUACUCGUCGUACCCCAGAUUACUUCCUGUAAUGAGAUUUUACACUUGUACAGUAUUGCCAUGAACCAUGUGUUGACCUAAAGGAUAUGGGAAGAGCAACAGUAACUCCAAAAUGUCAGAAAACAUUUAACAUUGAAACCUGUUUUCACAUGGACCAAAAGAUGUGCCAUAUUGAAAUACAAAGCCUCUUGUCUGUCAGCAACUGUGACCACUUUAGAAUGAACCAGUUCAUUGCAUGCUGAAGCAACAUUGUUGGUCAAGAAACCAGUUUCUGGCAUAGCUCUACUUGUAGUUACUUUUGCUUUCUCUGAGAGACUGCAAAUAUUAAGAUGUAGACAUUUAACACCUCGUGAAUACAAUUAACUUUCCAUUUAGCUAUAGCUUUCCAGCAUGACUGUAGAUAAGAAUAGCAAACUAUCAUUGACGCUUAAUGAACAUUUUAAAUAAAUACCAAGACAGACUUUUCUUAUUUGUGUUCUGAAACAUUUUUUUUUUAGGGAAAACUGUUUAAUUUAAUUGUAUGAUUGUUUUGUCUAAACUCUAUUUCCCCCACAUUCCUCUCUCACACUUUCCCUCUACACAAUGUCCCGUGUACUUGUCCAUCAUAGUGAGUUAUUUUGAAAAGAACAGUUUUUUUCUGUAAGACGUUGCUGCAGGAAAGUGUUGCAGCAUUUUUUCAUAAUAAACUUGUGAACUAAGUAUGGAA